UUCUAAUAUGUCGCAUUGCGUGCUCGUUUACGCAUAGACUUACAGAGUACCCUUUGGUCAGGUAUAUAUCACGGGGUGAUUCGGGGUUUCCUGAUCUCACCUGUACUUACACUUUCAGUAUAAAGCAGAGAGUAUUCUUGCUUUCAUACUUGUCACCACUGACUGACUGACUGCCCUUUUUCGCGAGAGUACGUGAGUACCUGCGGAGCACAGCAAUGUCAUCAACCACUACCACCACCCAGACCAGCCUCGCCCCCACGGCCGCGACGACUCUCUCGGGAGUUCAAGGUUCUACCUCUUCCUCGAAUGAUCAACAUGUGCCGCGAGGUCCGGUCAGGACCAAACUCAACUUUUUCCGGGACCCCGAAGACGGCAGCCCUCCUCACAAUUACGUCGAGAAGCCACCCGAGGGUCGACCCCAGCGCAACUUUGGCGAGGACGUGGUCGAGGUCGAGGUGAACGACGUCCGAGGUCGGGAGGAAGAUUUCAGUCUGGACAAGGACGCCUUUCAAGCCGUCAAGGGCGUGGCGGCCUCGGGGGAGACGGAGUUCGUCGACGACGACCACAUCAAGAGGGUGUACUACCCCGAAGUCGAAAGGCUGUUGUUGGACGUCGUCCCCGGCGCCCACAAGGUCACCAUCUUCGACCACACCGUCCGACGGUCGAACCCGGACGCUCCCCGGGCCCCCGUGACCAGGGUCCACGUGGACCAGACGGAGCGGUCGACCCGGUGGCGGGUCAAGUUGCACGACCCCGACCGGGCCGACGAGUUGCUCGGUGAAGGUCAAAGGUACCGGAUCAUCAACGUGUGGAGACCCAUCAACGGCACCGUCGUCGCGCACCCUCUGGGUUUCGCCUCGGCCGACACGGUCGACGAUUCGGACCUGGUGCCCGUCGAGCACAGGUACCCCCACCGCACGGGCGAGACGGCCGCCGUGAGGCACAACCCCGACCAAAAGUUUUACUACUGGUCGGGCAUGGACAACGACGAGAGGUUGCUCCUCAAGUGUUUCGACAGUCGGGGAGGCGUCGGGCAGAGGGUGCCUCACACGGCGUUCGUCGACCCCAGAACCCCCCAGGGGGCCAAGGGAAGAGAGAGCAUCGAGGUCAGAGCCUUGGUUUACGGUUGAUUUUUUCACCUUCACACUUUUUUCAACUCCUCUCUUGUGUGUGACGGGGGAGUACACUUGCGGGAGCAGUCGGCCAAGCAAAUUGUUCGUCGAGAAUAUCUCGCCAGGUUUUAAAACAUAAAUUAUUUCAAAUGUAAUUUCAAUCACAAUUCACGAUCAAAUCAAGAUUCAUUGACAGUA